UUAGUUGCUCAGUUCUUGUGUUCACACUCAAGAUGAGUGCAGUUUUUCUUGCACUGCCACUCAGUGUACACCAGCUUCUUUUGCAGGAAUGUGGAGCAGACUGUGCUAAGUUCCAGAAGAGUGAACUGGAGUACAAAUUCAACAAGAAAGCCUUAGAAAGGCCCUACACCUCUAAACACUCCUGGGGAAAGACCUAUGGGGAGCACAAGCGCCACUUGGAGUUUAGCCAUGACCAAUACAGAGAGCUAAAGAAGUAUGCAGAGGAGGUUGGCAUUUUCUUCACAGCUUCUGGCAUGGAUGAGAUGGCUGUGGAAUUUCUUCAUGAGCUGGAUGUUCCAUUUUUCAAAGUAGGAUCAGGAGAUACAAAUAAUUUUCCAUAUUUGGAAAAGACUGCAAAGAAAGGUCGCCCAAUGGUGAUUUCCAGCGGCAUGCAGUCCAUGAACACAAUGCAGCAGGUUUAUCAGAUUGUGAAGCCCAUCAAUCCAAACUUCUGCUUCCUGCAGUGCACCAGUGCUUACCCACUUCAGCCAGAGGAUGUCAAUCUCCGUGUUAUAUCGGCGUAUCAGUCAGCUUUUCCUGAUAUCCCCAUUGGCUAUUCGGGACAUGAAACUGGCAUAGCCAUUUCAGUGGCAGCUGUUGCUAUGGGUGCUAAAGUAGUGGAACGCCACGUGACCCUUGACAAAACAUGGAAAGGAAGCGACCACCAGGCAUCUCUGGAGCCAGACGAACUGGCGGAGCUGGUGAGAGCCAUCCGUACUGUGGAAAAAGCAAUGGGUUCUCCAAUCAAACAACUCUUGCCCUGUGAAAUGGCUUGCAAUGAAAAGCUGGGGAAGUCUGUUGUGGCGAAAGUGGCAAUUCCUGAAGGUGCCGUCCUGACACUUGACAUGCUGACCGUGAAGGUGGGAGAGCCGAAGGGAUUUCCCCCGGAAUCCAUCUUCGAUCUGGUGGGCCAGAAGGUUAAAAAAAGUAUCGAAGAAGAUGAAACCAUCACUGAGCAAGUAGUGGAAAAUCAUGUAAAAAAAGUGAAGUGCUAAACCAAAGCGCUCCACUCCAUGUUUCACGCUGUACUGCUGCACAGCAUAUUUAAGUGUAGCAAAGAAAGGGGCAUAAUUAUGGGGAUCCAAGCAGGUUAGCAUUUUCAGGUUCUCAUUAGUAGGAAGUUUCUGAAGCAAGGGGAUAUAAAUUACGAAGAGCAUUUUAUUAGAAACCGUAUAGCAUUGUGCCUAGGAAAUACCAUGCUCCUCCCUUCUCCAUUCCACUUAACCUAGAUUAACUCGGAGUUCUGCCAAAUCUGAGACCACAGUCUGUGCUUUCUGGCUUCCUUUUUCUGUUAAGAAUACAGUAAAUCAUAAGAAUUUUUCCUACUAGAAAACUUUCUACUAGAACAACUUUUGAGUUGUUCUACCCCCUUAUCUUUUGAUGUUCCUUUCUUUUCUGCCAUUUGCCUCACCCCAGUAAUAGCAGGACUCUAGCUGGAGUUGAAGGCAGCUAAGUGAAAGUUCACAUGCCCUGAACAGAAAACUACACAUGCAACCUGAUGAAUUUUUCUCGAGAUGAAAGCCUUAAGAUGAAAAGUCUUGUGAUAAAACAGUGGGUUGCAGGAAUCUGCCCUCUGUGGGAAAAUGGGCUUCUUGAGAAAUGUAGGUUUUCAAGAGACAGUACCAAGAAAAGAAGCAUACUGGAUAUGUAGAAAGGUCCCAUUUAAGGGGCAAGGGAACAUUUUUGUGAACUGAAAGGCAGGAGGGCAAGCCAGACAAAUUAAGCAGGUGAGAAAAGUAGCUCUGAGAUGAAUCAGUGGAAAUAAACUUAACCUAUGCUUUAAAA